UCCGAGCUCAACCGGGCGGGCCGGGAGGGCUGACUGCUGUGUGCUGCUCGCGCAGAUCCCUCCGCGCGCGGCCGGCCGGCGCUUCUUUCUGCGGGAAACCCCUGGGCGCGCGGCCGCGGCGGCGGGGGCGGAGCCUCGUGGUGGGAGGAGGCCCAGGCGGAAGGACACGCGAGCCACCCAGCCGCACCGCGCCGCGCAGCCAGAAACUUUCAGCCAAACUUCGGGCGGCGGCCUGACUGCGCGGAGUGCCGGGGCGACGCAGCGGGAGCUCGGGGACUUGGCGAGCCGCGGGGACAGGGUAGCGCACGCGAGAGCGGGGCUCCUGGUCGGGACCCGCUCCCCAUGCGGAUCUGCGCGGGCGGCGGCCGCGAAGAUGCCCUCUCUGCGUCCCGCCGCGUUGCGGGCGCUGCUGUGGCUCUGGCUGUGCGGCGCGGGCCCCGCGCGCGCUUUGCAGUGUCGAGGCGGUCAAGAGCCCUGUGUGAAUGAAGGGACUUGUGUUACCUACCACAAUGGCACAGGGUACUGCAGAUGUCCAGAAGGCUUCUUGGGAGAAUACUGUCAACAUCGAGACCCCUGUGAGAAAAACCGCUGUCAAAAUGGCGGCACUUGUGUGACCCAGGCCAUUCUGGGGAAAGCCAGCUGCCGGUGUCCUCCGGGGUUCACAGGAGAGGACUGCCAGUACUCCACCUCUCACCCCUGCUUCGUCUCUCGCCCCUGUCUGAAUGGAGGAACCUGCCACAUGCUCAGCCACGACACCUACGAGUGCACCUGCCAAGUCGGCUUCACAGGGAAGCUGUGCCAGUGGACAGACGCCUGUCUGUCCCAUCCCUGCGCAAACGGGAGCACCUGUACCUCCAUGGCCAACCAGUUCUCCUGCAAAUGUCCUGCCGGCAUCACGGGGCAGAAGUGUGAAACCGACGUCAACGAGUGUGCUGACGUUCCAGCGCGCUGCCAACAUGGUGGCACCUGCCUCAACCUCCCUGGUUCCUACCAAUGCCAGUGCCCUCAGGGCUUCACAGGCCAACACUGUGACAGCCCCUAUGUGCCCUGUGCACCCUCUCCGUGUGUCAACGGAGGCACCUGCCGUCAGACGGGUGACUUCACUUUUGAAUGCAACUGUCUUCCAGGUUUUGAAGGGAGCACCUGUGAGCGAAAUAUCGACGACUGCCCCAACCACAAGUGUCAGAACGGAGGGGUUUGUGUGGACGGAGUCAACACUUACAACUGCCGCUGCCUCCCGCAGUGGACAGGGCAGUUCUGCACGGAAGAUGUGGACGAGUGCCUGCUGCAACCCAACGCCUGCCAGAACGGCGGCACCUGCACCAACCGCAACGGAGGCUACGGCUGCGUGUGCGUGAACGGCUGGAGUGGAGACGACUGCAGCGAGAACAUCGACGAUUGCGCCUUCGCCUCCUGCACGCCGGGGUCCACCUGCAUCGACCGCGUGGCCUCCUUUUCCUGCUUGUGUCCAGAGGGGAAGGCAGGUCUCCUGUGUCAUCUGGAUGAUGCCUGCAUUAGCAACCCUUGCCACAAGGGGGCGCUGUGCGAUACCAACCCCCUGAAUGGGCAGUACAUUUGCACCUGCCCACAGGGCUACAAGGGGGCCGACUGCACAGAGGACGUAGAUGAGUGUGCCAUGGCCAACAGUAAUCCUUGUGAGCAUGCAGGGAAGUGUGUGAAUACAGAUGGCGCCUUCCACUGCGAGUGUCUGAAAGGCUACGCAGGGCCUCGCUGUGAGAUGGACAUCAACGAGUGUCAUUCAGACCCCUGCCGGAAUGAUGCCACCUGCCUGGAUAAGAUUGGAGGGUUCACCUGCCUGUGCAUGCCAGGUUUCAAAGGUGUACAUUGUGAACUGGAGGUGAAUGAAUGCCAGAGCAACCCGUGUGUAAACAAUGGGCAGUGUGUGGACAAAGUCAAUCGCUUCCAGUGUCUGUGUCCCCCUGGUUUCACGGGACCAGUGUGCCAGAUUGACAUUGAUGAUUGCUCUAGUACUCCGUGCCUGAAUGGGGCCAAGUGCAUUGACCAUCCAAAUGGCUAUGAAUGCCAGUGUGCCACAGGUUUCACUGGUGUGCUGUGUGGUGAGAACAUCAACAACUGUGACCCAGAUCCUUGCCACCACGGCCAGUGUCAGGACGGGAUUGAUUCCUAUACCUGCAUCUGCAACCCUGGGUACAUGGGGGCCAUCUGCAGUGACCAAAUUGAUGAGUGUUACAGCAGCCCUUGCUUGAAUGAAGGACGCUGCAUCGACCUGGUGAAUGGCUACCAGUGCAAUUGCCAACCGGGUACAUCAGGUCUUAAUUGUGAAAUUAAUUUUGAUGAUUGUGCCAGCAACCCUUGUAUGCACGGAGCCUGUGUAGACGGGAUCAAUCGUUACACUUGUGUCUGCUCCCCAGGAUUCACAGGGCAGAGAUGCAACAUUGACAUUGAUGAGUGUGCCUCCAAUCCCUGUCGCAAGGGGGCAACGUGCAUCAAUGACGUGAAUGGUUUCCGCUGCAUAUGCCCCGAGGGACCCCAUCAUCCCAGCUGCUAUUUACAGGUGAACGAGUGCUUGAGCAGUCCCUGUAUCCAUGGAAACUGCACUGGAGGCCUCAGUGGCUACAAGUGUGUCUGCGAUGCAGGCUGGGUCGGCAUCAACUGCGAAGUGGACAAAAACGAGUGUCUUUCCAACCCCUGCCAGAACGGAGGAACGUGCAGCAACCUGGUGAACGGCUACAGGUGCACGUGCCGGAAGGGCUUCAAAGGCUACAACUGCCAGGUGAAUAUUAAUGAAUGUGCCUCAAACCCCUGUCUGAACCAAGGAACCUGCUUUGAUGACAUCAGUGGCUACACUUGCCACUGUGCAUUGCCUUACACAGGCAAGAACUGUCAGACAGUGUUGGCUCCCUGUUCUCCAAACCCCUGUGAGAAUGGUGCUGUUUGUAAAGCGGCACCCAAUUUCGAGAGCUUCACCUGCUUGUGUGCGCCUGGCUGGCAAGGUCAGCGAUGUACAGUUGACAUUGACGAGUGUGUCUCCAAGCCGUGUAUGAACCAUGGCCUCUGCCAUAACACUCAGGGCAGCUACAUGUGUGAGUGCCCUCCAGGCUUCAGUGGUGUGGACUGUGAGGAGGACAUCAAUGACUGCCUUGCCAACCCUUGCCAGAAUGGAGGCUCCUGUCUGGACGGAGUGAACACAUUCUCCUGCCUCUGCCUUCCCGGCUUCAUUGGGGACAAGUGCCAGACGGACAUGAACGAGUGUCUGAGUGAACCCUGUAAGAAUGGGGGCACCUGCUCUGACUACGUCAACAGUUACACGUGCAAGUGCCCUGCAGGAUUCCAUGGAGUCCACUGCGAAAACAACAUCAACGAGUGUACUGAGAGCUCCUGUUUCAAUGGGGGCACGUGUGUUGAUGGCAUCAACUCCUUCUCUUGCUUGUGCCCUGUGGGUUUCACUGGUCCCUUCUGCCUCCAUGAUAUCAACGAGUGCAACUCUAACCCGUGCCUGAAUGAGGGAACGUGUGUUGACGGCCUGGGUACCUACCGCUGCACCUGCCCCUUGGGCUACACGGGCAAAAACUGUCAGACCCUGGUGAACCUCUGCAGCCGGUCUCCAUGUAAAAACAAGGGAACUUGUGUUCAGGAAAAGGCAAGGCCCCGCUGCCUGUGUCCGCCUGGAUGGGAUGGUGCAUACUGUGAUGUGCUCAACGUGUCCUGUAAGGCGGCAGCCUUGCAGAAAGGAGUGCCCGUUGAACACUUGUGCCAGCACGCGGGCGUCUGCAUCAAUGCCGGCAACACCCACCACUGCCAGUGCCCACUGGGCUACACGGGCUACUGUGAGGAGCAGCUUGACGAGUGUGCGUCCAACCCCUGCCAGCACGGCGCCACCUGCAGUGACUUCAUAGGAGGAUACAGAUGUGAGUGUGUUCCGGGAUAUCAGGGUGUCAACUGCGAGUAUGAAGUGGAUGAGUGCCAGAACCAGCCGUGCCAGAACGGAGGCACCUGCAUCGACCUGGUGAACCAUUUCAAGUGCUCGUGCCCACCAGGCACUCGGGGCCUGCUUUGUGAAGAGAACAUUGAUGACUGCGCCGGAGGCCCCCACUGCCUUAAUGGUGGCCAGUGUGUGGACCGGAUCGGGGGCUACACUUGUCGCUGUUUGCCUGGCUUUGCUGGGGAGCGGUGUGAGGGGGACAUCAACGAAUGCCUGUCCAAUCCCUGCAGCUCGGAGGGCAGCCUGGACUGCAUUCAGCUCACCAACGACUACCUGUGUGUCUGCCGAAGCGCCUUCACUGGCCGUCACUGUGAAACCUUCCUGGAUGUGUGUCCCCAGAAGCCUUGCCUGAAUGGAGGGACUUGUGCGGUGGCUGCCAACAUGCCCGACGGCUUCAUUUGUCAUUGCCCCCAAGGCUUCUCCGGGGCAAGAUGCCAGAGCAGCUGUGGGCAGGUGAAGUGUCGGAGAGGGGAGCGCUGUGUGCACACUGCCUCGGGACCCCGCUGCUUCUGCCCCAACCCCAAGGACUGUGAGCCGGGUUGCGCCAGUAACCCCUGCCAGCACGGGGGCUCCUGCCAUCCUCAGCACCAGCCUCCUUACUACGCUUGCCGCUGCCCCCCGCCGUUCUGGGGCAGGCACUGCGAGCUCUACACGGUCCCCACCAGCACCCCGCCCGCCACCUGUCUGAGUCAGUACUGUGCCGACAAGGCGCGGGACGGCAUCUGUGACGAGGCCUGCAACAGCCACGCCUGCCAGUGGGACGGGGGCGACUGCUCCCUCACCAUGGAGGACCCCUGGGCCAACUGCACCUCCUCGCUGCGCUGCUGGGAGUACAUCAACAACCAGUGUGACGAGCUGUGCAACACCGCCGAGUGCCUCUUCGACAACUUCGAGUGCCAGAGGACCAGCAAGACCUGCAAGUAUGACAAAUACUGCGCAGACCACUUCAAAGACAACCGCUGCGACCAGGGAUGCAACACGGAGGAGUGUGGCUGGGACGGGCUGGACUGCGCGGCGGACCAGCCCGAGAACCUGGCCGAGGGCACCCUGGUCAUCGUGGUGCUGCUGCCCCCGGAACAGCUGCUGCAGGAUUCUCGCAGCUUCCUGAGGGCGCUGGGCACCCUGCUCCACACCAACUUACGCAUUAAACGAGACUCUCAGGGUGCUCUCAUGGUGUACCCCUACUAUGGGGACAAGCCAGCUGCCUUGAAGAAGCCGAGGAUGUCACGCAGGUCUCUUCCCGAUGAGCAGGAGCAGGAGAUGGUAGGCUCUAAGGUGUUUCUGGAAAUUGACAACCGACAGUGCGUCCAAGACUCAGACCAGUGCUUCAAGAACACAGACGCCGCGGCGGCUCUCCUGGCUUCCCAUGCCAUCCAGGGGGCCUUGUCCUACCCCCUGGUGUCUGUCGUCAGUGAGCUCGAGACUCCGAGGGGCGCCCAGCUUCUCUACCUCCUUGCGGUUGCUGUUGUCAUUAUCCUCUUCAUCAUCCUGCUGGGGGUGAUCAUGGCCAAACGAAAGCGCAAACACGGCUUCCUCUGGCUGCCUGAGGGUUUCACCCUUCGCCGAGACUCCAGCAAUCACAAGCGCCGUGAACCCGUGGGGCAGGAUGCUGUGGGCCUGAAAAAUCUCUCAGUGCAAGUGUCAGAGGCUAACCUGAUUGGCUCUGGGACAAGUGAACACUGGGUUGAUGAUGAAGGACCCCAGCCAAAGAAAGCCAAGACUGAAGAUGAGGCUUUGCUCCCAGAAGAUGACCCCAUUGAUCGACGCCCGUGGACACAGCAGCACCUGGAAGCCGCAGACAUCCGCCGGACUCCAUCACUGGCACUCACUCCUCCUCAGGCCGAGCAGGAGGUGGCUGUGCUGGAUGUGAAUGUCCGAGGCCCAGAUGGGUGUACCCCUUUGAUGCUGGCGUCUCUCCGGGGAGGCAGCUCAGAUCUGAGCGAUGAGGAUGAAGACGCAGAGGAUUCUUCUGCCAACAUCAUCACGGACUUGGUCUACCAGGGUGCCAGCCUGCAGGCACAGACAGACCGGACCGGUGAGAUGGCCCUGCACCUUGCGGCCCGUUACUCGAGGGCCGAUGCCGCCAAGCGACUCCUGGAUGCUGGUGCAGAUGCCAACGCCCAGGACAACAUGGGCCGCUGCCCCCUUCACGCGGCAGUUGCAGCAGAUGCCCAAGGCGUCUUCCAGAUUCUGAUCCGAAACCGAGUAACUGACCUAGAUGCCCGCAUGAACGAUGGGACCACGCCCCUGAUCCUGGCCGCCCGCCUGGCUGUGGAAGGAAUGGUCGCAGAACUGAUCAAUUGCCAAGCAGAUGUGAAUGCAGUGGACGAUCAUGGAAAAUCCGCCCUCCACUGGGCAGCGGCUGUCAAUAAUGUGGAGGCGACUCUUUUGCUGUUGAAGAAUGGGGCCAACCGAGACAUGCAGGACAAUAAGGAGGAGACACCACUGUUCCUUGCCGCCCGGGAGGGAAGUUAUGAAGCAGCCAAGAUCCUGUUAGACCAUUUUGCCAAUCGGGACAUCACAGACCACAUGGACCGCCUUCCCCGGGAUGUGGCUCGGGAUCGCAUGCACCAUGACAUUGUCCGCCUCCUGGAUGAGUAUAACGUGACUCCAAGCCCUCCAGGGACUGUACUGACAUCCGCUCUGUCACCUGUCCUUUGCGGGCCCAACAGGUCUUUCCUCAGUCUGAAGCACACCCCAAUGGGUAAGAAGGCUAGACGGCCCAACACCAAGAGCGCCAUGCCCACAAGCCUGCCUAACCUUGCCAAGGAGGCCAAGGACGGCAAGGGGAACAGGAGGAAGAAGUCUCUGAGCGAGAAGGUCCAGCUGUCGGAGAGCUCGGUGACUUUAUCCCCUGUUGAUUCUCUCGAGUCUCCCCACACAUAUGUUUCUGACGCCACAUCCUCUCCCAUGAUUACAUCCCCUGGAAUCUUACAGGCCUCGCCCACGCCUCUGCUGGCCGCUGCUGCCCCAGCCGCCCCCGUGCAUGCCCAGCAUGCCCUGUCCUUCUCCAACCUUCAUGAAAUGCAGCCUUUGGCUCCUGGGGCCAGCACGGUGCUCCCCUCCGUCAGCCAGCUGCUGUCCCACCACCACAUCGUCCCCCCGGGCAGCAGCGGCAGUGCAGGGAGCUUGGGCAGGUUACAUCCGGUUACUGUCCCAGCAGACUGGAUGAACCGCGUGGAGGUGAAUGAGACCCAGUACAACGAAAUGUUUGGCAUGGUCCUGGCUCCGGCUGAGGGAGCCCACCCUGGCCUAGCUCCCCAGAGCAGACCGCCAGAGGGGAAGCACAUCCCCACCCAGCGGGAGCCCUUGCCUCCCAUUGUGACUUUCCAGCUCAUCCCAAAAGGUAGCAUUGCCCAGGCAGCCGGAGCUCCCCAGACGCAGUCCAACUGCCCGCCAGCUGUCGCAGGCCCCUUGCCCGCCAUGUAUCAGAUCCCAGAGAUGGCCCGCUUGCCCAGUGUGGCUUUCCCACCUACCAUGAUGCCCCAGCAGGAGGGCCAGGUAGCUCAGACCAUUGUCCCAACCUAUCAUCCAUUCCCAGCCUCUGUGGGGAAGUACCCCACACCCCCUUCCCAGCACAGCUACGCCUCCUCAAAUGCUGCUGAGCGAACCCCCAGUCACGGAGGUCACCUCCAGGGUGAGCAUCCCUACCUGACACCAUCCCCAGAGUCUCCUGACCAGUGGUCGAGUUCUUCACCCCACUCGGCUUCUGAUUGGUCAGACGUGACCACCAGCCCUACACCCGGAGGUGGAGGAGGAGGCCAGCGGGGACCGGGAACACACAUGUCUGAGCCACCACACAGCAACAUGCAGGUUUAUGCGUGAAGGGUCUGCCUCAGGCGUAGAGAUGGACGUGCCUAUCACACAUGCUGCUGAGGAACAAAGGCAGGUUAUCCGGCGAGAAAUGAAGAAACCUCUGUAACAGCUUUUGGAGGCAGGAGAGAAGACCCUCCCGACUUCCCAGACAAGCCAGAGAAUCAUUAUUUUCAUCUUCACUGAACACCUGCAGUUUUAGAGGGAGGACUCAGCUCCUAUUAACCUUUGACCAGCAGGCGAGUUCAUGGCGAUGCAAGAUGAAUGCAGACCUUGCGGCUCGCUCUCUUCUUUUUGGAGAAUACAAUGGAUGCCUUUUAUAGCCCAGACAUUCUUGCAGCUUGAACAUCAUUUUGAGCCCUGGGGUCUUCUGUAUCCAGGAGAAGAUUCUGCCCGAGAGACAGACUGGGAAUUGUGCCUGGGAUUCUGCCCAGGUUGGCCUGUCUUAUCUUUUCCACCCCGGAAAUGGCCUUGACUUCACCCGGUGCUCUCCUCCCUGCACCUGUCCGUGGUGAUCUAUCAGCAUGUAAUAGGCAAGACUUCUGUGCUUUUCAUCAUUCCUGCCCUGGAGAGCAACUUCCGCCUCUUGUUCCCACGUGCCCAGCACCCCAGAGGAGCCUCACAGGGUUUACUCUGGUCAUGGUUCUCAGCCUUGGCCUUUGAAGUAUGCUUCUAUGGGAGACGCACACUCUGCAAUCUUCAUGUUUCAUUCCUGAAAGGAAGGAGAAAGCGAAAUCCUCGGGGGAGAGAGGAGACCCCCUUCUGAACCUGCACCUUAAUUCUCUCCCCCGCGGGUGGGUGUGGGGCCCAUAUACACUCACCAGGGGGGAGGAUCUAAGUUGUUCUUCCGUCUGCUGGCCUGUCAGUAUAAAAGUGUACUCUGGAGGCCUAGGUACUAUGACAUUCCCAUCUUGUUGUAAACCGGGGGAAGUGGGAGAAGGUUGGCAUGACCAAGAGAUAAGCUAGCUCGCCCGAGAAGCAGUUGCCCACCUCCAGGCCCUCGGUUGACUGCCACUGUGAAGCACAUUUACCCCCAGGUCUUAGGACUUGUUGAUCCAGCAGAUGAAGGUACUCCUGGCUGCUGCCCUCGCUCCUCACAGAUGCCUUGCCAUUGAGACGGAACUUGCCUGAGGCUCAGGGGACCCAGUGACCAUCGUCUUCCUAUGACCAGCUUUCUUUCAGGUCCGAGGCUGGUGUACCGGAUUCCCUCCACACCGCGUGAGCUGAGUGACUGGUGCACACAGCGGGUCCUCAAUAAAGACGUGGCAUCUGUGUUCCUGUUGCAGAAGUGGAGAACGGACGGUCUCCUGAGCACACCUGACGGAGCGGCCUUUGCUCAUCUUUGCUGCGUUCUCUUCCUUCCCCAGAGUCACCUUCAGCUGACGAUAGCUGAGACCCGCUCCGCAUUGUCCCUGUGUCCUUCAUAUUAAGAUUGUACCUCAUCCAAACAUGCUUCCUGGGGGGGGGGGUCCCCAGUGGUUUCCCGGACUCUCGAGAGCAGAAGGAUUUUUGUCAGUUGUCAAAGCAGGAUGGUCGUUUUCUCCAUCUUCCCCCUCAGUCAGUUCAGAAUUGGCCCUGUGGCCACCCCGUCACUUCUUCCUGGUGCCGUGAUGCCCGUGACACAAGGAAGAUGACUUCUGCUGGAGCAUUUGUGUAUAUUAGUAGGUGGAUCACCUGGGGGGGUUGUUUGUUUGCUUUAGGAUUUUUUUGUUGUUUUAAUAAUAAUAAUAAUAAUAGUCUUUAUUCCUGCGAUAGUUGAAAUAAUUGUCCCCCCACUUAUUCGUCAGUUUGUGACCCCCUGUAUUAACUCUGUGUCUGUUACCAUGGUGGUCUAUAAACAAGGGGGACUAUUUAGUCCCACCCAAGUUCAUUUAGUCAACAGAAACAAUUUGCUCCGUCCUGGUCUAUGGCAGAUUAAGUCUGGUCAUUUGGUUUUUGUUCUCACGUGGUGACAUCAUCCUACCAGCCCUUUUCAUGGUGUAUAGACAUUUUAUUGCCCUAAAUGGUGACUGUCUCCCGUGGACCCAUCAGUCAGUCCCAAAUCAGGAGAGCCUGUGUAUGUGGACCUCUCUGCCCCCCCAGCUCUAGUACCACUGCCUGGGAACAGCCACAGCCUCUAAUCCAGCCACUGGGUCUGUGAUACACUGGUCCUUCCCCAGACACAAUGGAGAACAAACUUGCCAUUUCUCCUCCAAGGAUCUCUCCAAGUGGAUCCUUUGGGUUUAGGAGGAGGGAUGUGAAAGCUGCCAUUACAGACAACAGGCUGCAGAGAUGAGGCCCGCACUGCCAGUGAAGCCUCUGGUCCAUCCCUUAGGUGUUAGAACUCUCGGCCUAUGUAGUGUGUAGGAAAGGGAGGGGGUAGGUAAUCCCUUUCUCAUGGGAUCUGAAUCAGAGGCUCAGUUCUUAGGGGACACAUCCUUUAGUCCAUGCAUAGAUCCCUGUUUUGGAUUUAUUUUUAUUUCUAUGAAUUCUUCCUUUCUUUGACCUCCACAUGCCUUUGAGGAUUUUUUUUAAUGUUCCUUUUGUUCUAAGCAUCGUUUUCUGACUUACGUGGUGGUGGGGGGAUUGAAGGAAAGAGAGACUGAGUAAAGAUUGCAGCGAACGGCUUCAGCACAAGCCCGGCAUCCCUUGGUUGACCAUGGUUGCUCGUGAGCCUCGCCUAGAGAAGAACCAAAGGUGUGACGACUGUUAGCGUGUGGUUUCAGAACCUAGACUGUAACCAGCGCCUUGAAUGUAUGAGGACUGUUUGGAGGGACACGCGUCUAUGUCCUGAGGCCCCCACCCAUAACUGUUUUGGUACUAUGGCAACUUGCUUGUGUACAUUUCCCUGAAAAGUGUCAUUAUAUCUGUUUGUAUGAGAAACUCAGUAACCAGAAGAUGACUGCAUGUUCCUGACUAAACUGAAGGAAAGUGCACACUGUUUUUACUUUAAAUUUUUUCAUUCUAAAAGUAGCUUAAGAUGAAAUUUAUAUGAAAACAUUUUUAUCACAAAAUAAAAAAGAUUCCUUGUCAAGGCUCAGUGAAAUCA